AUGGGGAGUCAACGACAAGAUAGAGGCGGCGAGGCACGAAAGGAUGAGAGUCCAGGAGGAAGAUCCCGAGGGGCGGCGAUGCAGAGGAGAGCGGAGAGUGGCAGAUGGACAACAGCUGAAGUAUCCUCUGGUUCUGUCCUCUGGAACUGGACGGGCUCCGUCUUGAGACAGCCAGACACAAACUCCCGCUAUACUCCUCCAGGGCUAGGGGGGAGGAUGGAUCUCUCCAAACAAGAGAUCCGCCACGAAAAACAUAAACAACACGCUAAGAUCGGAGUGCGCGAAUUAUCCAGGGUAUUUCUUUAUUUGUUUAUUUAUUGA